AUGUCCGAGGAUACAAAUCUAUUCCAGCCACCACAGUCAUACCCGGAACCACCAAAGAAUAUGUACUAUGAGGUGCCCGAGACAAAGCCCGAGCCGCAACGAGUUAUGCAGGUCUUCCCUUGGGAAAGUCAUGCACCCCAGCCCACCCGAGUCUUUGCCGACGAGCAGCCCAUGCUCCGAGCUCAAUCCCCAGAGCAGCCUCCAGAACAGCCAUCAUGGCAGUCUGUCGAGGAAUCUGUACCAGUUGAGCAAUCUGAUAGCGAAUCAUUUUUCCAAUUCCGCAUGCCUUAUGAACCGUCGGCUGAAACAUGGGAACAAUACACUCGCUCCAACGCUUGGGACGAAGAUCCGCAAAUUCAACGGUACAUUGAGUCCCUACAGCAAGCUCGGCGUGGGAAAACCCAGGUGAUAUCUGGCUCCGCACACGCAAGUCCAAGUCACAGCACAAACACCAGUACCAGUACUAGCUACUUCUCAUCUACCACAGCCACCACGACUGGCACAUCUUCUAGCCACCGGCCAAGUAUCAGGCUUACCGACUUCCCUUCUGAGAUUGAAAGGCCUAGCCUCCCUGUUACCCCGGCUCCUAUCGAGCGGAGUCGAGGUCCGCUGAGCGAUGAUGAACAUGAAGGCUCCACUGUGACCACCUUGCCCGUUGCAGAGGGUGUCCCGAACCAGGAGGACUGGGUGGGUGUAACAGUUGAUGCAUUCUCUCAUCUUCUGGAGGCAACAUACUUAUUGUGGCGGUUUACAGAAUCCCCUGGCUCGACUCGAAGAGCUCCGGCGUCGACAAUCCGCGGCCUUGGAGGAUCCGGAGCUCUUGUUUAG